GGAACGGGCCGGUGGAUGGGGCAUGGGGCGGCUUUGUUUUGGUCUGAGAACAGGACUGAAAGCAUGGUUUGCGGGUGAUACGUGUGCAAGCGUCUCGAGUUUCUCCUACAAGAUGUGUUCCACAAAUCCAGCAAAUUGGGUCACCUUUGAUGACGAGCCGCUCUUCCAGUCUCCUCAGAAAUCGGUGGAUAAUCAAAGUAGUUGUAAAGCAAACGGCCUUAAACUCAAUCUGUCUAGCAUGCAUGAGUCUUCAAGUAGGUCAUCUUCUACAAGCAGCACUCCACUCUCGUCUCCUGUAGUUGAUUUCUACCUAAGUCCUGGACCCCCCAGCAACUCUCCACUUACCACACCUACCAGAGAAUACCCAGGAAGUUCGUGCAUCCCAAAGUCUGGGAUUCACAUCCUUUAUCCCAUCCCUGAAUGGCCAUCAAACGUUAACCUUCCUCCGUCACCCGGGAUUUGCUCAUCUCUAACCUCACAGACACCGAGCAGCCUUCCUUUGAACACCUCACCUAGCGACCAUCCAGUGAAGAUUUCAGUCUCCAGUACAACAGAUGAAGGAAGCCCGAAGCUGCCCGGAAGCUGUGAGGAGUUAGGGGAGUCAUCUUCAGCACCGGGGCACUUCCCGUACUUCCAGGGUGACUGCGCUUUUUCCAGUCCUUUUUGGAAGGAAGGGUGCUCGCUCAGCACAUCACCAGCUAACGUUAGCACACACAGGAAGGACAAAGCACUUGAGAGGAGCAUCUGCCAUCCUAAAGACAAGGAAACUUGCCACGACCAGAAAAGCCUUAACCAGGGCUCCUUCAGCUACAUCUGUGAGAGGCUUGAACACCUGCAAGCUGAUAGCUGUGAUGCUGCAGGAAACCUGCCUAUCUCCAGCACUCAGGCAUGGCACAAGCAUUCCCCCUCCAUCCUACGCAACCUCUUCAGGAGCCGGAAAGCAGAUGGGUGGCCAUUCAUGCUGAGGAUUCCUGAAAAGAAGAAUAUGAUGUCAUCUCGCCAAUGGGGCCCUAUCUACCUUAGUGUCCUGCCCGGAGGUGUAUUACAGAUGUAUUAUGAAAAGGGCCUGGAGAAACCUUUCAAGGAAUUCCAGCUGCAGCCGCACUGUAAGCUGUCCGAACCCAAAUUAGAGAGCUAUAAUGUCUCAGGAAAAAUCCACACGGUAAAGAUUGAGUGCGUCUCUUACACAGAGAAGAGGAGGUAUCAUCCCAAAGUAGAGGUGAUCCAUGAGCCAGAGGUUGAGCAGAUGUUGAAGCUGGGCACCACGGAUUAUAACGACCUUACCGAUUUCAUUGUAACGGUGGAGGAAGAGCUGAUGAAACUUCCGACCAUUUCCAGGCAAAGGAGGAAUUAUGAAGAGCAAGAAAUGACUCUGGAAAUAGUGGAUAACUUCUGGGGGAAGGUCACGAAGGCAGAAGGAAAACUCACAGAAAGUGCCGUCAUCACGCACAUCUACUGCUUGUGUUUUGUGAAUGGAAGUGCUGACUGCUUCCUAACCCUGAACGACCUGGAGCUCCAGAAGAGGGAUGAGCGUUACUUUGAGAAGGAGAAGAAAUGGAUUGAUAUUCUUGAUUGCCAUUUCCAUAACUGUGUUAAAGUGCAGGAAUUUGAGCAAUCACGAAUUGUUAAGUUUGCCCCCCCGGAUGCCUGUAGGCUGGAACUGAUGCGUUUCAGGACACGGUAUAAUGGGCAAGACCUUCCCUUUUCUGUGAAGGCUGCAGUAGUGGUUCAGGGGGCAUACGUUGAACUUCAGGCUUUUAUAAACAUGUCUUCAACUGCUCCAGCCCCAACACGUUUACCCGCUGUGAAAUACUGUGAAAACGUUAUGAUACGCUUUCCCGUUCCCACACAGUGGGUCAAAGCACUUUGGACCAUGAACCUCCAAAGGCAGAAGUCCCUAAAAGCAAAAAUGAAUAGGAGAGCGUGCCUUGGUGCUUUACAUGAGGUGGAAUCUGAUCCUGUCAUACAAGUCUCGGUUGGAACAGCUAAAUACGAGAGUGCCUACAGGGCGGUUGUGUGGAAGAUAGACAGGCUUCCAGAUAAAAACUCAAGUUCAGAUCAUCCACACAGCCUGUCUUACAAAUUGGAGCUGGGAUCAGACCAGGAAAUACCGUCUGACUGGUAUCCAUUUGCUACUGUCCAGUUCAUUGUUCACGAUACCUGUGCCUCAGGAACGGAAGUCAAGUCACUGGGCGUAGAGAGCGAUGUGCAGCCCCAGAAACACGUGGUUCAGAAAGCUUUCUACAACUGCCAGGCCAAACUAUACAAGUCUGUUAUUGAAGAUGUGAUUGAAGGUGUGCAGGAACUCUUUGCAGAGGAGGGUUUAGAGGAACGGGUUCUCCAAGACUUGAAGCAGCGCUGGGAAACCAAGGUGGUGCAGUCUAAAGCAACAGAAGGUUUCUUCAAAAAUAGCCACCAUUCUCAACGGUUUACCCUGCAGUUGCCACAGAAUCUUCACCGUGUUCUGCAGGCUUCAGCAGCUUCUUUUGUCAUCCCAACUGCCAGAGGUUUUCAGCAUUUUACAGCAGUAGACCCGGGUGCUUCACAAGCAGGUGCAACUCUUACUCACCCUUCGGGUAUUGCUUAUCCUGUACAUGUGCCAGCUGGAGUGAUGCUACAGACAGCAUCUGGGCACCUUUAUAAGGUAAAUGUGCCUGUUGUGGUCACGCAGACCACAGGAGAUGUGAAUAUUCUCCAUCAUCCUGUUCAGCAAAUGUAUCAGCCCCUUGGGCAGCCUUCAGUUCUGCAAGCCAAUGUUGCUAGUGUUGCACAGGUGAGUGAUGUCACUUGUGAAAAAUGCACAGCAUCUUCUGCUGAAAUACUGCAGCCCCAGGACGCUGCUGUCCAGCACACCAUGUUUUUUCAGCCAAAUGUCAUGGAAAAAACCAACCUGGAGAACUCUGCCAAUACGUCUUUGGUCCAGCAGCCCUCUGUGAGUCAGCAGCAGCUUCCAACUGAUGCAGCAUUAAAUCGGUGUGCAGACUCGACAGAAAAAUCCCAGCAUGGGAGUCAUCACACAGCUGUGUUUACUCCAGAAUCCUCCAACGGGUUUUCUCCUUCUGAAUCCCUGGCAAACAACUCGAGCAGUGUGCUGUUGGAUGUGGAGGAGCAGUUAGAAAUUCAGCUUCAGGAGUCAGUGCACCAGCAGGUGUCUGAUGAUAUCAUUGACCUGAUUAUCAUGGGCAACAGUUUGGAUGAUGGCAGUGUCCUGAAAAAUCAGGACAGAAUUGCUUCCUCUGACAAGGUGGAAUCCACUGUGCAGAUGGAAUCUAAUUUACGAUCAGAGAAGGAUAUCUGCAGUGACAUUGAAGGCAUAAUUCAGCUAGAUGGUACUGGUGAUUCUUCUCCCAAGAAAGAAAUAGCGCUUACAAAAGAUAGGGAGGAGAACGCAUUCAUUGGUGUUGUUGAAUCAGAGGAUCUAAAAGUUCUGGAUGAUGAGGAUGAUGAAGAAUGUGGCAGUACUUCGGACACAGAGUCUAGCAGCAGUGGCGGUGAUAAUGAAGAGCCCCAAAUAGAUAUAGUUGAGGAGGACCCCUUAAAUUCUGGUGAUGAUAUCAGUGAACAGGACAUUCCAGACUUGUUUGACACCGACAAUCUGAUAGUUUGUCAGUAUGACAAGAUACAUCGAAGUAAGAACAAAUGGAAGUUCUACUUAAAAGAUGGAGUGAUGUCCUUUGGGGGUAAAGACCACAUUUUUUCAAAAGCCAUUGGAGAUGCAGAGUGGUGAAACCUCCCUGAAGUACGUACUUUAAGGCUGUGGCACUAUUCCCUUAUAAACCUUCUGUGAAACAACUUGUCUUGUUUUGCCAUAAAAAAUAAAACCAAC